AUGGAGUCAGAACAAAUGCAUUUUUUAAGUUCUUACCAAGUGAAUGCCACACAUUAUAGUAGUAUUGGUGAAUGGAUAGAUAGUGCCGAUAUAGAAUAUGUUAAUAUUGGUUUGGUAUCCUGUUCAUUACCUAAAGCUGGAUACUAUAUGAUACGUGCCUCCAAUAAUGGACUGGACUACAGUAAUGAAGUUUUCUACUUCGCCAAUGAUAGAGAUUGUUACAAUUGUAAUACCACCGAAGGAACUUGUGCUCAAAGGGAUAAUGAAUGUAUCAUUGAUGAAAAGUGUCAUUUUGUGUUUGUUGUUUAG